UUGUAGAGGAUGCCUCCCGGAAGCGCACACGGCCCACCCUAGGCUUCCUGUGCUGCUUCAGCAGCAGUGAACCCCCUGAGAUCAACCUGAAAGACAGUGUACCGCUGCAGCUGCUGGAGUUCAGUGCCCCUAUGCCCCCAGAGGAAGAACUGCAUGCCCGUUUCUCUGAAUUAGUGGAUGAACUGGAUCUCACAGACAAAAACAGGGAAGCCAUGUUUGCUUUGCCUGCUGAGAAAAAAUGGCAGAUCUAUUGCAGCAAGAAAAAGGAACAAGAGGACCCCAACAAGCUUGCUACCAGCUGGCCUGAUUACUAUAUUGACCGCAUUAACUCCAUGGCAGCUAUGCAGACACUAUUUGCUUUUGAUGAAGAGGAAAUGGAGAUGAGAAACAAGGUAGUAGAGGAUCUAAAGACAGCCCUCCGGACGCAACCAAUGAGGUUUGUCACACGCUUCAUUGAGUUGGAUGGCUUGACGUGUCUUCUGAAGUUCCUGAAGAGUAUGGACUAUGAAACCUCAGAGUGCCGCAUUCAUACAUCCAUCAUCGGCUGUAUCAAAGCCUUGAUGAACAACUCCCAGGGCCGUGCCCAUGUACUGGCCCACCCCCAGAGCAUCAAUACUAUUUCCCAAAGCCUCCGCCAGAACAACAUCAAAACCAAAGUGGCUGUGUUGGAGAUCCUGAGUGCCGUUUGCUUAGUGCCUGACGGGCAUAAGAAAGUAUUACAGGCAAUGGUACACUACCAGAAGUAUGCUGCAGAGAGGACUCGCUUCCAGUCUCUUUUGAAUGAGCUGGACAGAAGCACAGGCCAUUACAGGGAUGAAGUAAAUCUGAAGACAGCCAUUAUGUCAUUCAUAAAUGCUGUGCUGAAUGCUGGGGUUGGAGAGGACAGUCUAGAAUUUCGCCUUCAUCUUAGGUAUGAGUUUCUGAUGUUAGGAAUUCAGCCAGUCAUCGAGAAGCUGAGAACUCAUGAUAAUGCCACGCUCGACAGACAUCUAGACUUUUUUGAGAUGGUGCGGAAUGAGGAUGAGUUAGAACUUGCCAAGCGCUUUGACAUAACACACGUGGACACCAAGAGUGCUGGGCAGAUGUUUGAGAUGAUCAAGAAGAAAUUGAGUAACACAGAUUCCUACCCCCACCUUCUAUCUAUCUUACAUCACUGCCUUCAAAUGCCAUAUAAACGUGGUGCAGGCAGUAUACAGCAAUGGCAACUUUUAGACCGCAUCCUUCAGCAAAUUGUUCUACAAGAUGAAAAGGGUGAAAAUCCAGAUGCUUCACCUCUGGGUAAUUUCAACGUUAAGAACAUCAUUAAAAUGCUUAUCAAUGAGAAUGAAGUCAAACAAUGGCGAGACCAAGCAGAGAAGUUCAGAAAAGAGCAUGUGGAGCUCAUGGCUCGGCUGGAAAGGAAAGAAAGAGAGUGUGAGACAAAGACACAAGAGAAGGAUGAUAUGAUGAAGACACUCAACAAGAUGAAGGACAAACUGCAGAAAGAAGGAGUAGAGUUGCGCUCUGCCAGGGAGCAAGUAUUAAACCUGUCCUCCCACAUAAGCAACAUUUCAAACAAGAUCACUGGUACCAUCUGGUAUGAGAUUGAUGACAGAAGAGCCUUUAAGGUUCUUGACCUAAAGGACAUUGAGAAAAUGUUUUCCGCUUACCAGAAGCAGCAAAAAGAAACAGGAUCAAUGGAUGACCUUUAUCUGAGCUCACGCAAAGUCAAAGAGCUAUCUGUUAUUGAUGGACGGAGGGCCCAAAACUGUGUCAUCCUGCUUUCCAAGUUAAAAAUGAGCAAUGAGGAGAUAAAAAGAGCCAUUCUGGAGAUGGAUGAGAGGGAAGAGCUGGCUAAAGACAUGCUAGAGCAGCUGCUGAAGUUUGUUCCUGAGAAAAGUGAUAUUGAUCUUUUGGAGGAACACAAACAUGAGCUUGAGCGUAUGGCCCGGGCUGACCGCUUCCUGUUUGAGAUGAGCAGAAUUGACCACUAUCAACAGAGGCUCCAGUCUCUUUUCUUCAAAAAGAAGUUUGCAGAGCGUCUAGCAGAAAUAAAACCAAAGGUUGAAGCUAUUCUAUCUGCAUCACAUGAAGUGAUGAGAAGUAUGCGCCUGACACAGGCUCUGGAAGUGGUUUUGGCAUUCGGGAACUUCAUGAACAAAGGACAGAGGGGCAACGCAUAUGGUUUUAAAGUAUCCAGCCUAAACAAGAUCAUAGACACCAAGUCAAGUAUAGACAGGAACAUCACUAUGUUGCAUUACCUGAUCAUGAUUUUUGAGAAAAAUUACCCUGACAUACUCAGCAUUCAACAGGACUUGGCCACUAUACCAGAAGCUUCCAAAGUCAAUCUAGCUGAGCUGGAGAAGGAAGUGUUCAUUAUUAGAAGUGGCCUGAAAGCUCUAGAGGCGGAGUUACGAUACCAGCAGAGCCGAGCAUGUGACUGGGGAGACAAGUUUGUCCCAGUGGUCAGUGACUUCAUCACAGUUGCUAGCUUCAGCUUCUCUGAACUUGAGGAACUACUCGCUGAAGCCAAAGAUAAGUUUUCUAAGUCUCUGAAGCAUUUUGGAGAGGAGGAAGGUUGCAUGCAACCGGAUGAGUUUUUUGGAAUAUUUGACAUGUUCCUGCAGUCGUUCAACGAGGCCCAACACGACCUGGAGAACAUGCAGCGACGCAAAGAGGAGGAAGAGAGGAGAAUGCGUAUGGAGGCCAUGCUGAAGGACCAGCGGGAGAGAAAGACGAGCAAAGAAAAGCACCGGAGGCAGUGUGUCAGAGGAGGUGGGGAGUUUGACGAUCUCGUAUCAGCACUUCGCUCAGGUGAAGUCUUUGACAAGGACUCUAAACUUAAACGCAACCGGCGCUCUGUCAACCAGCUAGCGGAUUGUGGGGGUCGUGAAAGAUCUGUCACAAAGGUGAACUAUUGACCUCAGUGAAUACAGUCAGAAGGAGUUUGGAUUUUUAUAUUUACAG